GCCACCCAGUGGCCCCACUGCCCCGAUGGAUCCACUGAACCUGUCCUGGUAUGAUGAUGAUCUGGAGAGCCGGAACUGGAGCCGGCCCUUCAACGGGUCCGAAGGCAAGCCCGGCAAGCCCCACUAUAACUACUACGCCAUGCUGCUCACCCUGCUCAUCUUUGUCAUCGUCUUCGGCAACGUGCUGGUGUGCAUGGCCGUGUCCCGCGAGAAGGCGCUGCAGACCACCACCAACUACCUGAUCGUCAGCCUCGCAGUGGCCGACCUCCUGGUGGCCACGCUCGUCAUGCCGUGGGUCGUCUACCUGGAGGUGGUGGGCGAGUGGAAAUUCAGCAGGAUUCACUGUGACAUCUUUGUCACUCUGGACGUCAUGAUGUGCACGGCAAGCAUCCUGAACCUGUGUGCCAUCAGCAUCGACAGGUACACAGCCGUGGCCAUGCCCAUGCUCUACAAUACCCGCUACAGCUCCAAGCGCCGCGUCACCGUCAUGAUCGCCGUCGUCUGGGUCCUGUCCUUCACCAUCUCUUGCCCGCUGCUCUUCGGACUCAACAACACAGGUGAGGCCUGCCUCGGUCUGCCUGGGGCCCCAGUGGCCCCCGGCGCAGGGCCCCGAGGGAGCUGA